GUAUCUCGCCAACAUCCUAUCUCGUCCUGUCCCCGUUUUCCGUCCGACGGCAGCGCGCGCUGCCUGGCAGCUCGCUUGCUUACUUGCUUUUGCCCGGCCGCUUGCUCGCUCGCUUGCCUGCUUGCUUUUCAGCCCAGUGAAAGCGACAGCGAGCUGGCGAGCGCGCGAGGCUCUUCCGCGCCGCGCGGAUCAGCUCCGGAUAUUUAAUUACGCCGUGACGCGACGUAAUUCCGAUCGCGACGACGACAUCGAGAGCCCGACGUUGGUGCUUCGACGCUACGUGGUCGCGGGUGAUGAGCGCUUAGGAGCGACUAGUGCUGGUGCGUCGACAUGUGGGAGUCCCGCAGGAACUCGUUCGCCUGCCGAGCCGUCAGGACCAGGUGGUCCUCUUACGAGACCUGCUCGCCCGGCGAUGACGCCGCGGCCGGCCAGGACACCAGGACACGCUCCUCCUUAACGAUGCAGAGUGUGCGAGAAGGCCCGGCGCAGCACGCGAGCUAUCGCCAACAACGAUCUUCCUCUUGGCAGGACAGCCGCUCGUGCGAAGUGAGCAUAUCAUCCGCCCGCGCGUCGGUGAUGGUGUACGACGACGUGAACAAGAAAUGGAUACCGAGCGGCAGCUCGUCCGGUCUCUCGAAGGUCCAGCUGUACCACCAUCAAGUGAACAACACGUUCCGCGUGGUCGGCAGGAAGCUGCAGGACCACGAGAUCGUCAUCAACUGUGCGAUCCUGAAGGGGCUCAAGUACAAUCAGGCGACGGUCACGUUCCACCAAUGGAGAGACAACAAGCAGGUGUACGGGCUCAACUUUUCCAGUAAGGACGACGCCGAUGCCUUCGCCAGGGCGAUGCUUCAGGCACUCGACGUGCUGAGCAAUAGCAGCAACAUAUCACGAAGUCUCGCUCCGACAGCCGCGACGGCUACCCAGCAGCAGCAGACUGCCUACCAGCAGCAGCAGCAGCAGCAGCAGCAGCAGCAACAGCAACAACAACAACAACAGCAACAGCAGCAACAACAGCAGCCACAGCAGCAGCCUCAGCAGCAGCAGCAGAGCCAGCCGACCGCCCAGUACGAGGAGGACAUGGGAUACAGUCAAGGUCGUAGCGCGCGGAUCUCCUUGUCCCUGGGGCAUCUGCCUACGGGGACAGGCCAGAUGGCCCUGCCCGCGAGCUCCGCCACCCCGACCCCCGAUCACCAUGCGACCGUUGCGAGUGGUGCAGUCGGCGCCGCUGUUCAGGUGGGCUGUCCGCGUGGCUCACCGGGCGACGGACGCACGAGGACCAUGACCAGAGAAGACGUGGCGAUAAUCCAAGAGCGCAGAAUGUCCCAGCAGAGUCAAGCAACUGGCAGUCCCAACCCCAUCUCGCCGAGUUGCCCGCCAGCGCAGCAGCAACAGCAACAACAGCAGCAGCAGCAACAGCAACAGCAACAGUCCGGCCACCACAGGACCUCUUCGGCGCCGCCGGCACCGCAGCCGCAGCAGCAGCAGCCGGCGUUGCCGAGCAUCCAAGGUGUUGUCGGCGGCAUGGUGCCAGCUGCCCCGCAAAUGUCGGCCGGGGUCGGUCCACCGAUCCCGCCGCCCCAGCCACCCGUGGCACCGCCCGCACCACCGUGUCCGCCGGCGAUGAUGAACUUCAACACGUCGAUACCGGCGCCGCCGAUGAUGAUAAACCAAUACGUGCAGUCGCCGUCGUCGCAGACGGGCCAAGCCCAGUGCCCACCGAUCUACGUCACUAACCAGUCAGCCCAGUACGUCGGGCCGUCCGCGAGCAACCAGUAUACCAGCACCACCACCGCCGGCGGCGGCAGUGGCGGUGGCAGCGGCGGCGGCGGCGGCGGCGGCGGCGGUAGCGGCGGCGGCGGCAGUAGCGGUGGCGGCGGCGGCGGCGGCAGCGGUAGCGGUAGCGGCGCCGUCGCCGUCGCCGUCGCGAACAGCGUCGUGGGCCAAAGCCCGAGCCAGUACCCGUCUACCGGCGGUAGCCAGAACAACUUCUACGGCACUAACAACCAGACGAGCAACUACGCCGCCGGCGGACAGGUGGGCCAAGUCAGCCAGUACAGUCAACCGGCCGGUAACCAGGUCGCGCAGUAUGGAAACGCCGGCGGCGGUAACCAGUACGGCAGCAAUAGCUCGAUAAGUCAAUACGCGGCGGUCCCGCCGCCGCCAGCGGGUCAGUACGCGAUCGCCCAGCCGGGCCAGUCGCAGUAUGGCACGAUCGUGUCGCAGGCGCAGGCCCAGUACGCCGGCACGGCCGGCCAGGUGCAGGUGGCCGCCGCCGCCACCACGAAUCCCUACGGGACGCCGGCGAACUCGGUGAACCAGUACGCCGCGAGCGGACUCCACACGGUCGGUGCGAACGCUUACGUUCCUCUCGCUGCCGCCGCAGGCGGCCCACCUCCGCCUCCGAUGGUGCCGUUGGCCGGGCCCGCCGCGCCGCCCCCGCCGCCGCCGCCGCCGGCGCCUAACGCCAACAGCGCGGCAGCAGCCAGCUCGUCGAGCGACCCUCCGCCGGACACCAACUCGUUGGCUGCCGCUCUGCAGGCUCGUCUGAAGAAGAAGCAGCAACAGUCGCAGCCGGUGGAGAACAGCGGCUCGAGCACCAGCAGUAGCGGAAGCGGCAGCGGAGGCGGCGGCAAUUAUGGCACUUUGGGCAGAGGAGGAGGCGGCGGAAUGGCUUCCAUGAUGGACGAGAUGGCGAAGACUCUGGCGCGUCGACGAGCCGCCGCUGAGAAGAAGCAGCCGGAGCAACCACCGGAGCCGGAGAGCUCUCCGGACAAGAAGUCCUGGGACAAGAGCAACUCGUCUAACAACAAGUUCUCCAACGGCGCCGAGUCCCCUAAGUCGGUGCGCAAGAGGUUCGGCUCGGCCUCGGAGGACACCCUUCUCAAGGUGAACGGAGUCAACGAUGGGUCCUCGCUCACUGCGCAAGAGAUGGAGGCUUUCAAGGCGGAAAUCAUCAAGGAGGUGCGCAAAGAGUUCCAGAAGAUGAAGCAGGAGAUCAUCGAUGCCGUGAGGACAGAACUGAACAAAAGAUAAAGAAGACGACACGAGGAAGAGACAGACGGAAGGACGACAGAGCUAACCUCAAAGCCGAAAAGAACGGGACAGCGACCCGAAAAGGAGGAGAAGAGAGAAGAAGGAGCGGAGAGAAAAUUGAAGAAAGAAAAAGAGAAGAAGGGAAGGAGAAGUUCUGUGAGACUAAAUCGCUCGAUAUCGAGGUGUUGUUAUCGAGACCCACGUACAGGUUUUUACAACAUAUUUGCGAGAAUGUGUAGUGUGUGGUUACACUUAUGUAUAUCGGACAUUUGUGUGUGUAAGUACGUUAAUCUAACUUAGCAUCUUAAGUGGCCGUAAUCCUUUCGUUAUUUGCUACACAAAUAACAAUCGUAACGGAACGUUGAAUCAGUUGAGUUUCGUUCGGCUCGGUUUCUGGGAGGCUCGGUUAAGUCUCUCGGCGUUUUUCUUUUCUUUUUUUUUUGUACACGCACAAGGGAUCACGAGGGGAGAGCCUCUCUCGGUCGGCCUCUCGGCCGCCGAGCAGAGAGAGGGAGCGAGGAACAGAGGGAUUGUGAGAGAGAGAGAGAGGGAGAGGGAGAGGGAGAGAGAGGUUAUAGAGAGCGACACUCGGGCGAGAGCGUAAUGUAAGUACACGCACAAUGAGAUACUACUAUAUCGCUUCGUAGAUUUUAAAGGGAUAUCGAUAAAGACCAAAAAAAUGGUGUACUAUUUAUAAUAUAAAUUAUAUCGAUCUACACACACAGACACACACACACGCAUAAAUAUCUACGCUAAUAUUCAUGUUUGGGGACGCGCUCGUUUAUAGUCAUGGCCGGAGACGAGCGAGACGCCUCACAAAGCGCGAGACGGUCGAUAUUGAGAGAAUCAGGGCCGGGACGAGAAAGUUUUCCUGAUUGUUGAACGUUACGCGCCUCGCGGCGCAAAGACGAUUAUUUGAAUACCCGCGGGAAACUCAAUGAUUUCAACGUCGAAGUUACGUACGUCGUACAUAUAUAUUUUUUAACGCAUAUGGUCAGGCAGGGUUUCUAAGACUUCUCUUGUAUGCCGAGGCAUUUUUUACAACACACACCGUAAGGAUGAUCUCACCGUUGUAGAAGGAAUUCGUGCGGAAACCUUUUCGUCAAAUGUCGUGGCAUGUGUUCUCCUCAGCGUUCGUAUUAUAUUAAACGUCCUGCACACGUUUUGUUCCCCCUUAACUUUCGUCGACGAAUCUGCACACGACGCGCGUGCACGUGCGUCACACACACGGACACACACACACACACACACACACACCACACACACACACACACACACACACACACACGCUGCCGUCGAUUAUUUAUGCAAAGCUUGCGUUGUCGAUCUGUGUUGCAGCAACGCACGAAUCGAUCUCUCUGUAUGAAAAUGUAACAGGCGAAUGACAUUCCAGAAACACCCCGUUCCCUCCUCAGCCGAUACUGCGCUAGUCUACUCUAGCAAGUUGAACACGCAACGUUGUAAAUAGCAAUAACGACCAGAGACGACGGAUGCCACGAUCGUUGAUUGUGAAAUUCUCCCGAGCAACGGCGCGCGCUCGCGCCUGCAACGAGUAGUUAAUUAAGGAAUCCCCGCGCGCGUUUCUCGAUUCAUUCCCGAUGUGGCCUGACGAAUUCGUCGAGUAUCCGGAGCGCACGUCCGAUUGGUAACACACACGCUUCGUCUACAGUCCUCCGAACUCGCGAAACCGCCGUCGUGUACAUCGAAGCGUACAUAUCUGUCUGUUUUUUAUUUUAUUUCUUUUUUUUCUGGCUGUAUUGACCGGGCGAUAUCUCUCCUCCCGAGAGAGCCGUCGGCAUUCUUCUCCGCGUUGCUCGCACCUUCGUGGCUUUCCAUUUAAUUAGCGUGUACGGCUUCUCCUCUCACAGCUUACUUCUGGCGAGCAUUUUCGUUUGUUUGGGCAAUUCGCUCUCUCGCGCGCGUGCACCUGUAGGGCCGCUGAACACCCGUACGAUACGUAGUUUAUUAUAUUUUUUUUUUUUGGUAUCAUCGAGGCUAUAUUUAUACUUUCACGCUCUCGACGCAUACGAGUAUCGGCCGCGAUCGGCAAGAAGUUCUCGGGCGCCAAGUAAUUUUAACGUUCUGACGCAAUUUUCGCAAUUACGGUCGCGAGCGACCGCUACUAUUAAGCUAACACUUCGCGAAGAAUAAAAAGAGAAAGAAGAGAAAACGACAGAAACGCGAGAGACACCGUACCAGUCAUUGAAGAUCGUCCCUUGGAAAAUUGUCCGAGCGAGUCGGUAUAUGACUCGUAGUGUCGAUGAUAAUCCUUCGUUCUUCUCUCCGCCUCGCAAUCGAUAUUCCUUAUCGAGCACAGAGGAUAAUGUCUUCUUUUUUCUUGUACGCAAGGGAGGAAAGUCUGUCCGCCGCGGGCCAGACGGGAACUCGCUGCCGAGGAAGGAUCUCCCCGUUGCUGCGACUGAAACAUUCGUCUGAGAAGGUUCGGCUGAAGUAACCGAGGACAAUUGACUGAGUAACGGAAACCCUCCGCGGGAAACUUCCUGUUUCCGCAGCCGAGCGCCCGUCUGCUCCCCGGCCGGCAGAACAGAAGAUUGACGAGGAAGAUUGACGUGCGAGUGAUCAGUUUACGUAGCAGUAGCGGUAGCGGAAUAGCGACGAUGACUUGUAACAGUAGAGUAGCGGUUUGCUUUCUCCUUCUGUUCAAGGCCGUUGGUGGACGCGCAUUGUCCCGGAAACUCAAAGACUCGAGGUUCCGAAAGCGGGGCGACCGGAAGCCGCAGGACAAUGAGAGAGUGAUUAUCUCCAUAUAGCACAAAAGUUGCAGUAACAUUGCGGCAAUGUUGCUGUAACUUUUGUACCUAUGGGUUUUGUGAGAAUUAUUAGGAGGUCCCGAGGCUCGCAGUCGCCCCGAGGAGGAGCUACGUCUCACUCCGAAGACUAUCGCCCCGAGGACUUUAACAACGGACAAGUCGAGAACGCGUCUUGGCCGGGCGAGACGGACUUUCCGUCUCAGGCGAAACAAGACGCGCUCGAUCUUGGCAUUGCGACUUCCCCCGGGAAUCGCCUCGGCUUUUGAGUCUCCGUCCGCUCCUCUACUUCGAGACAACGCGCGUCCGCCGGAUUUCCCGGACUUUCCGAGCGUUCCGUCAAUGUCCGGUACGUGUGCGGAACUUGCCGACUCGCGUGGCUUUCGUCGAAGGCUGAAUUUUUAUCACGGGGCUUUUUAUCGCGCGACGCUUUGCCGCGCGCGCUAUGAUAAGCGUAAUCGUAAGAUACCUUGAUAUAACCGUUUUAUGAGAAAUUCGCUGUCGAAAGACUAGACGAGAGAACGAGCGAGCGAGCAAGAAGAAAGAAAGAGAGAGAGAGAGAGAGAGAAAAAGAUCGUCUUCUAGUCGGGUCGUUAGAGUGAGCGGAGAGCGAGGGGAGGCGAUGUAUAUUCGACGUUUGUUUGUUUCUCUCUCUCCCGACGCACUUCGACGCGCAGCCGAGGGACAAUGAGGGAGUGACUGUCCCCAUACAGCACAAAAGUUGCAGCAACAUUGCUGCAAUGUUGCGGCAAUGUUGCUGCAACUUUUGUACUGUAUAGGUCUUGUGAGAAUCACUGGGAGACGAUUUCUUCCGUCGGCACACCUUGAAGUGCGUCGGGAAAAAAAGCGUUUCGCAGGUGGCUCGAUAAACACCAGCUGACGAUAGCGUUGCGACAACGUUGCAACUUCCCGCUCAACAGUACAAUCGCCACGCGCGAUUAUUUGUAGCGUCACACGUUGCGCUAAGUGGCGAUCUGUUAUAUCGAUGCAAUGUUACAGCCCAUGCAGCGUUGCUGCAAACUUGCAAUAUUGCAGCAAUAUUUCUGCAACUUUUGCGCCGUAUGGAAGUCGGUUGGUGUUUGUUGCGAAAGGCACACGUGGUUUUGAGACGGUUUGGACACCUUUCCGUCUCUUGCCGACGCAGUUCCGUGGUCCAAUGAGGGAACUUUGGACUUCCGGCGGUUCCCCGCCGGGCAUAUCGGCUGGCGAACGCGGACGAGCCGUGUCAAGACCGGAUGUGCCGCCUUUUCACUUGGACAACGACUCGAUCUCCUGUCGAUCGGUUUCCUUACGUUCGUUUCACGCCUAAGUGCCGGCUAUAAUAACUUGGCGCGUACUCGAGCGCACGUGUGCGGAGUGUUUCCACGUUUAUCCUGCGCGCCGCGAUGGCGAGCGGCGCUGGCUGCGCAUUUUCGCGUAUGCGCGCACCGACACACACACACACACACACAAACACGAUUGUCUUUUUAAUAUAUAUACGCUUCAUUUCUUUUUUAUCUGUCGGGGCGUUCCUUCCCCCCCUCCGCCCUCAGCCUUUUCAUGACGCAUUUUUUACACUUCAUCCUUGUACAUAUAAACUUAUCUGGUGUGUGGAUAAUCUUGCUAUA